CGUGGGCAACGCUCUUCACUCCUGGAGUUACGUUGUCAAGCUUCUGCACCAUCUCGGGCAGACGGGAACACCAACAGAAGCAAAAGCUGGCAGGCUGACACGAACAAACAGCUUAACAGGACGGAUUAUCUGGUAACUGACCAUUUAGCUGUGGCACACUCGGACUCCGUGUAAAAGUGGGAUUUCGACCAUGAGCUCUGUUGCUGUACUUACGCAGGAAAGCUUCAAUGAGCACCGCAAUGGUCUCCUACCUGAGCAGAUUUCCAGUGUUGGCUCAUCUGGGAACGAUGAUGAUGAUGUGUUGCCAACCUAUAAAGAAGCCUUCCCUCCACUGCCUGAGAAGGCGGCUACACCUGAAGGAAGGCAGGAGCUGGACAAUGCUUGGACAAAAAUCCGGCCCCUGAAGUCCUCUAUCAUCACCCAGGUGUUCCAUGUCCCACUGGAAGAGCGCAAGUACAAGGACAUCAACCAGUUUGGCGAAGGUGACCAGGCCAAGAUUUGUGUGGACAUCAUGCAGAAGACUGGGGCCCACCUGGAACUGUCAAUGGCCAAGGACCAGGGCCUCUCCAUCAUGGUUUCUGGGAAGCUGGAUGCUGUCAUGAAGGCUCGAAAGGAGAUCGUUUCUAGACUGCAGACUCAGGCUUCUGCUACUGUGGCCAUUCCCAAAGAGCACCACCGCUUUGUCAUUGGCAAGAAUGGGGAAAAGUUGCAGGAGUUGGAACUGAAGACUGCCACCAAGAUCCAGAUCCCAAGGCCUGAAGAUCCCAGCAAUCACAUCAAGAUCUCCGGCACUAAGGAAGGCUUGGAAAAAGCAAAGCAUGAGAUCCUGCUAAUUUCUGCAGAGCAGGACAAGCGUGCUGUAGAACGAGUAAACAUUGAUAAGGUGUACCACCCUUUCAUAACUGGUGCCUACAAUAAAUUUGUGGCUGAGAUGAUGCAAGAAACUGGUGCCCGGAUUAAUGUUCCCCCACCCAGUGUCCUCAAGACGGAGAUUGUCAUCACUGGGGAGAAAGAACAGGUGGCCCAGGCUGUGGCUAUGAUCAAGAAGAUUUAUGAAGAAAAGAAGAAGAAUGCCACCACCAUUGCUGUAGAAGUGAAGAAAUCUCAGCACAAAUAUGUGAUUGGCCCCAGAGGAAACACCUUGCAGGAGAUUCUGGAGAAAACUGGUGUCUCGGUCGAGAUCCCACCACCCGAUAGCAGCUCUGAAACUGUCAUCCUUCGAGGAGAACCAGACAGGCUAGGCCAGGCACUUACAGAGGUGUAUGCCAAGGCCAACAGCUACACUGUGUCCUCUGUCUUGGCUCCUUCUUGGCUUCAUCGCUUCAUAAUUGGCAAAAAGGGACAGAAUCUGGCCAAAAUUACUCAGCAAAUGCCGAAGGUGCACAUUGAGUUUACGGAAGGGGAAGAUAAGAUCACUUUGGAGGGACCCACUAAGGAUGUUCAGCAAGUGCAGAGCCAGAUUGAAGCCAUUGUCAUGGAUCUGGUUAACCGCAUGGACUACACUGAGAUCAGUGUUGACCCUAAGUUCCACAGACAUCUUAUUGGAAAAGGUGGUGCCAACAUUAAUCGUAUCAAGGACCAGUACAAAGUGUCUGUUCGCAUCCCUCCUGACAAUGAGAAGAGUAACCUGAUCCGUAUAGAGGGGGACCCCCAAGGUGUGCAGGAAGCCAAGAAGGAGCUGCUGGAGCUGGCAUCGCGCAUGGAGAACGAGCGUACAAAGGACAUGAUUAUCGAACAGCGUUUUCACAGAGCCAUUAUUGGACAGAAGGGAGAAAAAAUAAAGGAAGUCCGGGAUAAGUUCCCUGAAGUCAUCAUUAACUUUCCUGACCCAGCCCAGAAGAGUGACAUUGUUCAGCUGCGUGGGCCCCGCACUGAGGUGGAAAAAUGUUCUAAAUUCAUGCAGAAGAUGGUGGCUGAGAUGGUGGAAAACAGCUAUUCUGUUUCAGUUCCCAUCUUUAAACAAUUUCAUAAGAAUAUUAUUGGAAAAGGCGGUGCAAAUAUCAAAAAGAUCCGUGAGGAGACCAACACAAAGAUCGACCUGCCUGCAGAGAACAGCAAUUCUGAGAUGAUUGUCAUCACUGGGAAGAAGGCCAACUGUGAGGCAGCACGAAACCGCAUUCUUGCCAUCCAGAAAGAGCUGGCCAACAUCACUGAGAUUGAGGUUUCAAUCCCCUCCAAACUCCACAACUCCCUGAUUGGCUCUAAAGGGCGCUUUGUGCGCUCCAUUAUGGAGGAAUGUGGUGGUGUGCACAUUCAUUUCCCCACCGAGGGCUCUGGCAUUGACACUGUCACCAUCCGAGGUCCAGUAGAGGAUGUGGAGAAGGCCAAACGUCAACUGCUAUCUGUUGCCGAAGAAAAGCAAACGAAGAGCCACACAGCAGAGCUGCGAGCCAAGCCUGAGUACCACAAGUUCCUCAUUGGUAAGGGUGGUGGCAACAUCAAGAAGGUGCGGGACAGUACUGGGGCUCGGAUUAUUUUCCCAACAGCAGAUGACAAGGACCAAGAGUUGAUCACAGUGGUGGGAACAGAGGAGGCAGUUCGGGAAGCUCAAAAAGAACUUGAGACGCUCAUCAAGAGCCUGGAUAAUGUGGUGGAAGACGGCAUGACUGUGGACCCUAAGCAUCAUCGGUACUUUGUGGCACGCCGUGGCCAGGUCCUGCGGGACAUUGCAGAUGAGUAUGGAGGUGUCAUGGUGAGCUUCCCUCGCACAGGCUCGCAGAGUGACAAGGUAACGCUGAAGGGAGCCAAGGACUGUGUAGAGGCAGCUAAGAAGCGCAUGCUGGAGAUAAUUGAGGACCUGGAGGCUCAAGUGACCAUGGAGUGUGUGAUUGCCCAGAAGUUCCACCGUUCCAUAAUGGGUCCCAAGGGCUUGCGCAUCCAGCAGAUCACCAGAGAGCAUAACGUGCAAAUAAAGUUCCCAGAGCGUGAGGAUGUUCAGGCUUCUACUGCUGAAACCACUGCCCAAGAGAAUGGAGAAACCAAUGGAGAAGUGAAGGAUGCUGCAGACCCUGCCACUCCAAGGAAGUGUGACGUGAUUGUUCUGUCUGGUCGCAAGGAGCGCUGUGAGGCAGCUGUGGAGGCGCUCAAGGCUUUGGUUCCUGUGACCAUUGAAGUGGAAGUGCCGUUUGAGCUCCACCGCUACAUUAUUGGCCAGAAGGGAAGUGGAAUUCGUAAGAUGAUGGAUGAAUACGAGGUAAAUAUCCAAGUGCCUGCUCCUGAGUUGCACUCGGACAUAAUUGCCAUCACUGGUCUGGCCUGCCACCUUGAUCGCGCCAAAGAAGGCCUUUUGGAGCGUGUCAAAGAGCUGCAGGCUGAGCAGGAGGACCGGGCUCUCAGGAGUUUCAAACUGACCAUAACUGUGGACCCUAAGUAUCACCCCAAAAUCAUUGGGCGCAAAGGUGCCAUCAUCACCCAAAUCCGCAAUGAACAUGAUGUCAAUAUUCAGUUUCCUGAGAAGAAUGAUGAGAAUCAGGACCAGAUAACAAUCACUGGGUAUGAGCAAAAGGCAAUUGCUGCACGCAAUGCCAUUCAGGCCAUUGUUGAUGACCUGGAGGAGAUGAUUUCAGAAGACAUCACUCUGGACAGCAGGGUGCAUGCCCGUAUCAUUGGGGCACGUGGAAAAGGCAUUCGUAAGAUCAUGGAUGAGUUCAAGGUGGACCUGAAGUUUCCUCAGAAUGGUGCUGCAGAUCCCAACCUUGUCACAGUUAUGGGACGACCAGAAGAUGUGGACGAAGCAAUUGAUCACCUUCUGAACCUGGAAGAAGAAUAUCUGGCAGAUGUGGUUGAGAACGAGUCUAAACAGGCCUAUAUGAAGCCACGUGCAACUGCUUCCAGUGUUUCUGCUGGAGAGGAGCAACGUAGCUCAUCCAAAGGCUUUGUGGUGAGAGAGGCACCAUGGACCACCAGCACCGAAAAAGCUCCAGAUAUGAGCAGUUCUGAAGACUUCCCCAGCUUUGGGGCUUCAGUGACACCGAAGACCUCUCCAUGGGGCCCAAAGCGUUUCUAAGAAAAUUCUGAAGGACAUGGAUUCCACAACUUCCCCCUCCUGCCUGCCCCUCCUCUCCCUCACACAUGUACAAAACUGGGCUCACUGCUAAAGACACUGACCUGGUGAACCCCCACACACACACACACACACACACACACACACAAAAGUUCACUUAAGUUGUGGCUGGAAAUGACACAUUUUUGUCCUUCCCACUACAAUCACUUUUUGGCUGGCUAAAUUCUUUGUUAGCCUUGUGAUUGUUAGAAAUACUAGAAGUAUUUUCAGGAUUGAUUUAUCCAACUUGAUUUCUUUGGACUUCAAGAAAUGAUUAUGGCCAUGUUUAACAUUUCAAGAAGUGAUAGACUAUAGUUGGAAAGUUUUACCAACUGCAUCAUGGCAGAAUUCUCUUGACUUUUGUAUGUCACUGCCUGCCUAGGAUCAUCUAAUUUUAUUUGGGAUAGAGGAAAUCUGUGACUCAGUUUCCAGUAGAAAAUGGUGACCUAGAACAGUCUGUUCACAAUUUCCUGUACAUUGUGGUUGAACUUGUGUGCACUCUUGUUUGACAAUGGUGAAACUGUGCUUCUUAAUCCAAAGCUGUUGCCAAGGCAAUUGAACAAAUCUGUCAGGGCUGAAUGAACUGCUCCUGUCAUAGUUGCCUUGGCAACAAAUAUUGUUACCUCUGAUGCGAGAUGUGAAACUUGUCCCUCUCCUUGCACUUUUAUGAUGGAAGUAAACGUGCCCCAUUGUGACAGGUACCUGGCUGUCUACGCUUCAGUUGGAGCCUUAGUCUAUCUUGUCUGGGCUUGACAGUACCGUAUGGGGCAAGUUAUUUUCCUCCUGCCCUUUCAAAGCCUGGUACCUUUAAUAGAAAUAUUGGAAUUUUAUUGCAACUCGUAUGCGGUUUUGCAAUGAUGAAAAAAGUUUGGUCAGAACUUAUCUACACUACAUGAUCAUGCUGGGUUCAAAGUAGUUUGUCAGCUACAACUGGAAAGUCCAUUAAUGGCCCACUUUUUUCCUCAAAUACACUAACUGCACCAACUAUGUGGAAGUGUGUAGAACUUUUGUUCAGUUUCUUAUGCCAGUUAAGUCUGAUGCCAUUCCUGUCACUGCUACUGGGUCAGUGUCUCACCCCUUUCUGUCUUCCAGUUGCUGGGGAGACUCUUGAGUUUCCAUGGCAACAAACCUCUUAUCAGCCUUAAGAAAAAAGAUUAUGCAAGAACAAAGUGAAAAGAUCACAUGGAUAACACUGGAAUUUUAAAUGUCCAAAUAAAAAAAAAAAAAAAAGG